GGAAAAUCUUUAACACCUGCAAGUUCUUUGAGGUUUUCCUUAGCGAUCAACAACAAUGGCAGGUGAACUUUCGAAGGACGAGCAACAUAGUCCCUUAGGAAAUGUCAAAAUCCUGAGCGCUAGCUACGUCAAGCCUAGAAAAGCACUAGGAAGGAAGGAGUGCCAGUUGGUCACGUUUGAUCUCCCAUACUUGGCCUUCUACUACAACCAGAAGUUGUUGAUCUAUAAAUUGGGGGAUGGUGAAUUUGACAAGGCAGUGGAAGAAUUGAAAGAAAGCUUGAGCCUGGUGCUGGAGGACUUCUACCAACUGGCGGGAAAGUUGGGUAAAGAUGAGGAAGGAGUGUUCGGGGUGGAGUAUGAUGAUGAUAUGAAUGGUGUGGAGGUGGUGGUGGCGGAGGCACCGGAGACGGCUGUGGCUGAUCUGACCGAUGAAGAGGGCACCCUCAAGUUUAAGGAGCUGUUGCCUUACAGCAACAUCCUCAACUUGGAGGGGCUUCACCGGCCACUUUUGUCCCUGCAGCUGACCAAGCUCAAGGACGGACUAUCCAUGGGCUGCGCUUUCAAUCAUGCAGUACUGGACGGUACCUCCACAUGGCAUUUCAUGAGCUCCUGGGCCCAAAUCUCCAGCGGAGAGAACUCCAUCUCUGUCCCACCCUUCCUGGACCGCCCCAAGGCCCGUAACACCAGAGUGAAGCUUAACCUCUCCAAUCCUUCCGACGCACCAGAGCACGCCAAGUCAGCGCCCAACGGUGACGUCAACGAAGUUAAGCCCGGCCCACGACUCAGAGAAAAAGUCUUCAGGUUCUCCGCCACAGCCAUUGAUCAGAUCAAGGCCAAGGUCAAUGCCAAUGCCAAUGCCAAUGCCAACGGAUCCGACGGCUCAAAACCAUUCUCCACAUUCCAGUCUCUUUCCACGCACGUGUGGCAUGCGGUCACGCGUGCCCGCCAACUCAAGCCCGAGGAUAUCACCGUCUUCACAGUCUUCGUGGACUGCCGGAAAAGGGUGGACCCUCCUAUGCCGGAGAGCUACUUCGGGAACCUCAUUCAGGCCAUCUUCACCGGGACGGCGGCGGGGUUGUUGCUGGCGAAUCCACCCGAGUUUGGGGCUGCUCUAAUACAAAAGGCCAUCGAGAAUCACAACUCCGAAGCCAUCGAUGCGCGCAACAAGGAGUGGGAGAGCAACCCCAAGAUAUUCGAGUUCAAAGAUGCCGGAGCGAACUGCGUCGCCGUGGGAAGCUCCCCACGCUUUAAGGUUUACGACGUGGAUUUUGGGUUUGGAAGGCCGGAGACGGUGAGGAGCGGAUGCAACAACAGGUUUGAUGGGAUGGUGUAUCUGUAUCCGGGAAAGAGUGGAGGUACAAGCAUUGAUGUGGAGAUCAGCUUGGAGGGCAGUGCCCUGGAGAGGCUGGAGAAGGAUAAGGAUUUCCUCUUAGACUUUUAGAGGCUUGAAUAUUUAUUUGGUUGUGCAAACUUAGACUAGAAGUUUGUGUAAUUUGAUGAUGGACUGGGAAAAGGUUAAAAAAAAGAAAAGAAAAAAGGCUGCAGGUCUCCUGUUAAGUACCCUCAAGCCUUGUUUCCCUGGAUUGUUUUGCGAUUUUAUGAGAAUGGUUUUGGGAUUAUAUAAUUUGCUUGUGCUAGAUGUUAAGAUCCAUCUUCAUGUUUUUACAUACGGAGGAGAAUUUCUGAAUUGUUGCUUUCAAGUUUUAAUCA